CCUGGAUCGAUUAUCUUAGCAGGGCUUAAAAUCGGGGAAUCAACGGCCGAUAAUUACGAAUUAAGUACAUACCUAUGAACAACAUUCUAGACCAAUACCUAGAGCCCCUCCAUUCAUUAACAACUCUACGACAUAAUACACCACUCGACUUACCUACCUAAACUUUGCCGAAAUACGAAAUACAGCCCAUGAAGAUCUCAUCGGUCUUCUCUGGCCUUACGGCCCUAGCCCUGGCCAGCUCAGCCAGCGCCGCCAACCGAACAGCAGCGAUAUACAUCCAACCCGUAUCGGAAUCACCAGCAGCAGCACCCACGCCUCUGGCCUCGAUCCGGUACAACUCCGCGGCCGCCGCGCCCGAAGCAGAAAUCGUAUCGUACGAAGCACCCGAGCUGCCGGACGAGACUAAGCUGGUGCGCAUCGGGGUGUACAACCCGGAGACGAAGCGGUGGGAGUCGUCGACGUCGGUCGCGUCCGCGGAUAACUUUGGCAAGGGGUACUCGCCUACGCUGAUACUAUCCGUGGACCAGAACGGCGACGCGUUUGGCGCGGCGCUUAAGGGGGUUAGGAUCGAUGCGGGGCUGACGCGGGAUUUUGGCCCGCGGGCGGUGUUGCUUGUUACGGAGCCGGGGAAGCAGCCUGAGUUGAACAAGCCGAUUGUGCUCUCGCCGGAGGGCAAGACGGUGGUUCCGGAGGAGAAGUCGUUUUUUCAGAAGUACUGGUGGUUGAUAGGUAUUGUAGUCAUGAUGACAUUGACUGGAGGCGGUGGUGAACAGGGUAAAUAAUAGAUUAACCUAGACAGUUGCAUACGGGUUUAAUUGAGGGUUUAAUUGAGGGUUUAAACGGUUCUUUAUCUUCGCGCUAUAUGAUAUCUUCUUGUAUGCCCGUAGUCUUGACUAUGCUUUAUACCAUCUCAUUCGGCUUUCCUGAUUCUGCCGUGAUCAAAGCUAUGUAGCACUGGAAGAGUAUACCGGUUUACUUAGUUACCUACAUAGGUACCUAGGUAAACUCCAUAACUACUAAAGGCCGGUGUGGAACUUGUGCCCAUUAGACGUAUCAAUCUACCAAACACACAUCCGUAUAGAAUUUCACAGGAUACUGCUUCAAUCACA